AUGGUAAAUAACGACUCUUUGAAUAAUCACCAUGAUCUAGUCGUCCAUAGAAGCGGAACGCCGGCCACCACUCCCCAAGCCAUGUCCCGACGUGCUUACAUAUCCCGCCGCCCAGACGGCGUCUCAGCACCGGCCGUACCCUCCCCAUCACCAGGCUACGUGCUCGAAUGGUCCACGAAGCACUCCCACGCCCAACAGCAUCGCCGCAUCCUCUCCAGCGUCGACGAGCUCCGCACCGAGCUGCUGGCGGACGAAGCCAGCCCCUCCCAAGGCCGCAUCCUCGUCCUCCGAACAGGCCACAUCGACGAGGACGUGCGAGAAGCCCUCGUGAGUAUAGCUCGCGUAGACGGCGGGUUUAUAGACGCCCACGCCUCGGGGACGCCGUACCGGCCGCGGGGCGGGAAACGCAGACCGCGGUGGUGGAGCUGCGAGUAUCCCGAGGUUGCUGCCGGCGAGGGCCAGGUCCCGCUGUACAGGCCCGGCGACGGACAGGCCCUGACGGUUUCGAGAGUGAGCAUCUGGCUAGGAGGGGGGAUGCCGGUCGUCAUUGUCGGCCACGGUGCUGGGCCGGAGCGGCGCGGGCGCGGCCAGCAGCUCCAGCCCGGGCAUCACGACGCUGGCUACGGAGCCAUUGGGUGCGCGUUCCCCAGCUCGACUAGGCGCACGGAAAUGUCGUCCUUUGAGCAAGACCUCUGGCAGGCGUUGGCCUGCCCGGGCGGCGCCGCGGAUCCGGGCGAAGUGGCGGUCGAGGAGCUGCGGGGCGAGCUGAUAUUGGACCGCUGGACGGGCUGCCUCUCGGCGAUGCGUCUGGAGACGGGCGGCGCGGGCCAGGAGCAGGAGUCGCUCUGGGCGGCCAUGGCCGCGCUCGAGUCCAACCUCGACGAGGCGAGGCGCCUCUCCAGGCGGGGGAAGCAGCUCGGCGCCGCGUGCGCCUCCGCGUGGGCGGAUCUGAUGCGGCGCCUGGAGAUGAGGGUGCGCCUCCGCCAGCCGGGCAUCGGUGCCGAAGCGUGCCGGCCCGAGCCAGCGAGGACGGACAACGACCGGAGCUUGGAUAGGAUUGCCUAUCUUGGCGGGUUGAUGCUGCCCGUGUCGGCGGUGGCGAGCAUCCUCGCUAUAGGGGGCGACUAUGGACCCGAGGGCGAGAGGUUCUGGGUCUUUUGGCUGGCGAGCUUUCUGGCGAGCGUGCUGGCGCUGCUGGUUAUAUAUGCGGACCAGCUGCGGACGGUCGAGGUGUGGCUCGAGUUUGGGGAUGUUGACGACGAGCAUCUGCCGUGGGAGGGAGAGGGGGAUCUCGUGCGGGGGUGGGCGGACGGCUCGGGGCGGGCGGCGUGGAAGAGGAGGGAACUCGGCUGGGGCGGUGCGGUGAAGAAGAUGAGCGGGUAUUACUGGUGGCGGAGGGAUCCGAGGUUGGCGUUUGGGAGGCCGGGGGAGGUUUUGAGCCCGCGCGGUGUGAAGCUGGGAGGGUUGUAG